UGUCGCUCUGGCUCUGUACUUCUUCGAACCAACCAGCCACAGCCAUGAAGGUAGCUUCAAUGAUUGCCCUUGUGGCGGUAAUCGCCCCGUCUGACUGCUUCCUGGCCCCACAGGCCGCUCUUCGGGGCUCAUCGUUCGUGAGCAGGGUGCCGACGGCAGUCUCGGAAGCUGCUGCUGGCUCGCCUGCAGCUCCUACCCGAACGCCCGUGAGCAUGAUGAGCAAGAGCAUUGACCUGACAGGCAAGGUAGCGUUUGUGGCUGGAGUGGCGGACUCGUCCGGGUACGGGUGGGCCAUCUGCAAGGCGCUGGCGGAGGCGGGCGCAACCGUGACGGUGGGCACGUGGCCCCCGGUGCUGGGCAUCUUCGAGAAGUCGCUCAAGAAGGGGACCUUCGACGAGGACAUGAAGCUCGAGGACGGCUCCAAGUUCGAGAUUGCGAAGGUGUACCCCCUAGACGCCGUGUACGACGUUCCCGAGGACGUGCCGGAGGACGUCAAGACCAACAAGAGGUACGCCGGGCUGUCGGGCUUCACCAUCCAGGAGGUGGCCGAACAGAUCAAGGCAGACUACGGCACGGUGGACAUCGUGGUCCACUCGCUCGCCAACGGACCGGAGGUGACGAAGCCCCUCCUGGAGACGUCGAGGAGAGGGUACCUCGCCGCGUCGUCCGCCUCGGCGUUCUCCAUGGUGUCCCUCGUGCAGAAGUUCGCCCCGAUCAUGCCCAAGGGCGGCAGCGUGGUCUCGCUCACGUACAUCGCCAGCGAGAAGGUUAUCCCCGGGUACGGUGGAGGCAUGUCCUCGGCGAAGGCGCAGCUGGAGUCGGACACGCGCGUGUUGGCGUGGGAGGCGGGGCGGGAGUACGGCGUGCGGGUGAACACCAUCUCCGCGGGGCCCCUCAAGUCCCGGGCGGCGUCCGCCAUCGGCAAGGAGAAGGGCAAGAAGACGUUCAUCGAGUACGCCAUCGACUACAGCAAGGCUAACUCUCCCCUGGGACAGGACCUGUACAACGACGAUGUCGGAAACGCGGCGCUGUUCCUCUCGUCAGACAUGUCUCGAGUCAUCACGGGCACGACCAUGUAUGUGGACAACGGUCUCAACACCAUGGGUCUCGCGGUCGACUCGGAAUCCAUGAAGAAGGACUAAGACGGCUGGCUGUUGUUGCGGUCUGUUUUUACCGGUUUUGUCUUUGUGAGAGUUGGCCGACGCUUUGGCUUCGGCCCUUCGCCCGCCCUCGGCGGUGUUAGAUUUGGAAGGUCCCCGCCUCUCCCAUGCCGCUCUCGCUAGCUACCCAAGGAUAGCCUCUAAACCGGUAUCGCAACGCCCCUCACCCGUUUGUGAAGCUUUGGGUUUGGUUCGGCCUCCUGCCCCUGCUUUGCACGUAGUAGCUGGUUUCAGUGCUGAAAGCGUUAUUUUUACUCCGGAGGGAGGGGGGGGGGGAACGCAGCCGGAACAAUCGCGAAAGGAGAGCAUACCCGGGUUUCCGGAUUAUGGCUAGGAGGUGGUACACUCGCACAGGGGAGCCCAUCCGGCGUCUCUAUUGUUGUCGCACACAGUCGACAGCAGUACCGUUGUAGGGCGUGAUUUACAGACUAUUAGUUUAGUAUCAGCAAUCACAUUUCGACCGCGCCUGUUUGUUUCUCGUGGGUCUACGUAGUGGCGGUAUUGGCAGGUGUUUUUUGUGUCUGGGUUCACACCCUUAUAAUAGAUUGGGGCCUAGAUGCUUCAUGGCCCUGCGAGUUUUCUCGCAGGAAUUGCGAGGUGUUGAAGCAAGUGGCGAUUGCGAAGGGAACCCCGCCGUUACGUGAUGGGGGUCUCCGUUUUCGGUAUCCUCCCUCGUGCAGCAGCUAUUGUUAUGCUCGUUUAGAGAGGUGUAGAGUUCUCCGUCUAUGGCACGGGUAGUCUUUGGGGCGGCAGCGGUUUCACCAAGAGGGAAAUCAGGCUGCUUAACCCGAACGCUGUACUCGCAAGAGAGAGGUAAAAUGCCACCGAAAAACCCUUGCAAAGAUGAUUGCAAGUUUGGUGGUUAGACAGACGGGCAAGGCGUUGUCCCCACCAAUGUUCGAGAUGUGUUGUCACUCACCACGCGAAAACAGUAUUGAGUUGGGUUGGCUUGGAAACAUGUAGUUUGGUCUUGUUGCGAGGAAAAUAGCCAGGAACUUGCCCACACCCGGCACGCGCCACUGAGCGGGGAGAGGGUAGGGGACCGAGAAUCGAUCUCUCUCACUUU